AUGGGAGCAUGUACCUCGACAGCGGCGGGUAGCAGUUCCGCCGAAACAUGCGAUAAUGUCUAUCGAAUACGACAGCUGGAUGAAAAGUAUCGAAGAAAGCAGCUAUUUAUACUUCGCUUGACGGACAAGCAAAUAAUCAUAAUGCGCAAAGGAAGACGAGAAAAGCCGGAGAAAACUAUUUCGCUAUAUCCGGAUAGCAAUUCUCUAUAUGUGCUUCGUUACGGAAUUCCAGAACUCAAUCAACCUGCCAUUCUUCUUGAAGUAAAAGGGUUCCGAAACGAGCCAGACGUUCAGUAUCUUUUCUAUUGCAAGCGCCACGAAAAACUCUUCGAGCAGCUACAGAAGAAAAUCAGCGAAGCGAGUAAGCGAAUUUCUCGCGGGACAUUGCGUUACACUCCCGUUUCAACGCCGACUCCGACAACUCCCGGUCACAAUACAAGCCAGCCGAGCAGUUUUCAUUUGAACGGGUCGAUUCAUACUCAUAGUACGCCGCAGAUGGUCGACCCCCUUGCUUUGCCUCACUUUCAGCCGGGAUCGUUGGGGACGAGUAGUCAACCGCCGCCUGGAGAUAAUAAUUAUGUGAAUACAGAGCAACCAGUUGUUCCUCCUCAAACUCCAAGGAAUAACUCAUCGUUUGGUGGCAGCAGAUUCAACAUGCCGCUGUCACCAGUAGCCGAAGACGAGCAGCCACUGAAUAACAUGGACCAGGCGAGUGGAAAAUUCGUCCUUGACCAGCCGCCGCUGACACGGGCAGAACUUCAAAAGCGCCGCAUGGCACCGCCAAAGACGAGUCCGCCGAGCACCUUUGAGCCCAACUGGCCUGGGAUGCCUCCUCAAAUGCGUUUUGGCAGUGGUUCGUUUUUCUGCGGUUCCGGAGGCAAUACAGACCGAGACACUGUAACCUCGCGCACAUCGCUUUCAACCCGAUCAUCUGGCUUGCUGAAUCAGUUAUCGGCUCGCUCCGAUUGUGAGCCACUGCUAAUGCCUUCCAAUGUUUCAACGCCAAAUCCAAAUCAUCACAUGAGAUUCAAACAACACAACUCGAGUGAUCCGAUUUACGUUCAGCCCAACCAGCCCGAUGAGUUCACAGCACCAAGAACGCCUGGCAUUAGUUCCUUCACUGCUCCUCCCCAAUCUUGCAAGCGUUUUAUCUUUCCUCCCAUGGACGCAUUAACGCGACCAGAAGGCUCUUCGAUGAAUUACGUGACCGUGGAGCACAAUUCUAUGUCAUCCUCAAACUCAACGCCUCGGACACCGAAAACGCCGAGCGCCACCGUCCAGUACACCCCCGUCGACUUCCAGAAAACGGAAGAACUCCACCGUAGUCAAUCGAUAACGCGUGUGGAUUCAACGCGCUCACGCUCCGCUCUCCUCCCUCAAAAGAACUGA